GUCAAAUGGAUGUGUGAAUGACUUCCCCUUAUGUCUGAGUGCAGCACAGGCGACUUGGAGCUUUCAUCAGCUGCGCACUCAAAUGAAAAAAGAAAAGACAAUCAGCUGCGUUUCAAUUAUUGAAGUUUAAUGGGCGAUCAGCCCCCUCUAAAUCGUUCUGUGCGUUUGUGGUUUUUCUCCCAAAGGGAAGAGUGUGACUGCUGACAGAGACCACUUGUACACAACUGUGCCAGUAGACAGGGAGUCUUUGAGGGCUUCUGGAGCGGACUAGACCGGCAUAUCAAUCAGCGACCUGGGAAGAGACUGGCUGGAUCCAAGCAGCGAAUACUUAAACCACUAGGAGGACCAAAAGACUGAUGGCAGUGUUUGUAGAAGGUAGGACAAGAGAACAAUUAUAAAAGCCUUCUCCUGUCUUGUCCCGCCACGUGUGCGCACCGUGCCAAAAAGAAGGCGCAGGAGGUGCAGGGAUUUCGCAUUUGCUGAAUUUGCGUUGCGCAUAUGUGACAGACGCAGUGGAGGAAGCGGUGAACGGUGGAAUUAGUAGACACUGCUUCUGCCCAACGGAAGACUUCAAUCGGUUAACAAUGAACACCAGCUUGUUGGUUUUGGUUCUAUGCUCCACGGUAUUUUUCACGGGGCUGCAGUGCGCCUCGCCGAGGACCACAGCAGCAGGGGUGGAUGCCUCCGUGACCGGCUCCGGUAACACGAGCGGCGGCAGCAGUGGGGAAAAUGGAGGCAAACGAGACUUAAAUCAAACAAUAAACUCCCGACUCAAGAGGAAAACGCUGGCUGUGGAUUUUGCUGUCCCCUCUCUGUUGCGCUAUUACCUGGCGGAGUUCGUGAAGAGACCCCUCAACGGAGACUGCCAGACUUUUAGAGGGUGCUACACAGUUAGUGCUAACUUAAAAAUGCACUGCAUACCUUUACAGAAAACCAUAUCUACUUUUGUUGACCAAAGGGCUGCAGAAUCUGCAACGAGGAACGCGUCUACGGAUGGACAGCUCCCUUUCUUUUCCAAGCGGCCGCUGUCCAAAGUUCUGAAAUUAGGUCUGACAAAAGCCAGUCGCAAAUCAAACCAAGUGGUGGUGGAAAUAGGAGAGGAUUUAAUCAGGACGGCAUGUGGAGGGUUGUCUGUGUACGAGGAGGCCCCUGUGUUGACCCUGGAAAUGGACAUCACAACUAUUCUGGUGUGGUGGCUUGGCGCAGAUGGGGGCCGGCUGAGGGUCCGGCUCAUGCCCGAGAAAAAGGCGCAGGUGCCCGGUGUCGAAGACCGCUACACCGCAGCCAUACGCGCAGCUGACCCACGUCUCUUUCUACAGAUUUUCUCCCGGGGUGAAUCAUUGACUAGUAAGACUGGCAUUCCUCAGGGGUUCUGGAGCUUCUCCUGGGUAGCUGAGGAUGACCUGAACUUUCCCAACAACUUGAUGCCCAUGUCAGAUCCGCCAUGUGACAAUGGCAGAACAUGUGACCAGAACCGUGGUCUUGUCCCAGAGUUUGCAUGGAGCAUAGUGGCUACAGGGGACACACGGGAGGAACGCAACAUAAAGCCUGAAAAGAGAGCAGGAAGUGCCCAAGAGUUGGAGGAAGGUAAGAGUGAAGGUCAGUUUUUGUGGGUGAAUCGUUCUUCCUUUGGGGGCCCCUGGGUGCUGAGUCCAUGGCUGUGGAGCGGCCCAACCCCCUGUAGCUUAGACAUGGCCUUGUACCUGCACCCCAAGCAAAGUGGGCAAUACACCAUAUGGCUCAUUGAGCGGGAUAAGCCUCAACUUUCUCUCUUCUCCACUGACACGUUACCUCCUAUCACCGGCUGGGCUGUAGCUCACCUCACACUGGGGACCCACGGGGGAUCACCUUUCCGGAUCUCAGCCGGCUACAACCAGCGAAUCCUUGAUGACACGGGCAUGAUUGAACCCAACUUUACCACCAACUGCACCAUGGCUUCCUCACCAGGCCCUUCCAUCACACUCAAGGGCCAAUAUCACUGUCACCAAGGACCUGGGAUCCCACUGGACAAACUGUGUGACUUCACUACAGACUGUCCACUUGGGGAUGACGAGGGCGAGCGAUGUCGCCGCUUCCUCAAUGGCAGCUACUGCUCUUUUGAAGAAGGCGAGUGCAGUUGGCAGUCAGUAAUGGGCCACGGUGUCUCUUGGAGAAGACUCCAGUCUUCAGCUAAGGCUUCUAGACAGAGCUGCCCAUCAUCAGGUGCAACACUCAGUGUGGAGGGAAAAGGCCAAGGUCGCUCAGCAUUACUAAGGAGUCCUCUCUUUCCUCCUCCAUUAAGAAACUCUCCGUGCACGGUACGUUUCUGGGUGUGUUCUGGAGGCUUACAGAAGGUUGCGCUGUCUUUGUGGCUAGUGGAGAACAGCACAGGCCCUGAGGAGCAGCGCCAACUGUGGCACUUAGCCAAUGAACCCCCUUCCGAGAGGGGCUGGAAGCUCUUCACAGUUCCACUUUACGGGCUGGCAGACUGGUUCUGGCUUCUGUUCCGCACAGAAGAUGGACCUGGACCUGGUUCAGCUAUCUCUCUUGACAACAUCUCUUUCAGUAUGAACUGCUUCCUGGCUUCAAAUGGAGAAUUUCCACCGGUGGCCAGCAGCACAACAAGGUUGGCCCUCGGACCAUCAAUUACCACCACACCUCCCUCCGUAGGGAUCCCUCUGAUGAACUCCCACACUACAGAUUACUCCAAAAAAUGGAUAUUUCACACCUGUGGAGCUGCAGGGCCUGAUGGUCCAACGCCAUCCCAGUGCUUGAACUCCUACAGGAUCAGCAAAGUCAACGUGACAGUGGGCACCCGGGGGCCUCUCAAAGGCAUUCAAAUGUGGGAGGUCCCGGAAACUGGCACCUAUAGGAUCACCGCCUAUGGUGCAGCUGGCGGUCGAAGCGUUAUGGCCAUGAGCAGAUCACAUGGCACAUACAUGAGUGGAGACUUUCUGCUGAGGAAAGGAGAGCUGCUCUACAUUCUGGUUGGACAGAAAGGAGAAGAUGCUUGCCCCAAUUCCAAAGUCACGUUGAAUAAGAUCUGCCUGGAACAGAGCAGCCCAAUGUUGAAUAAAAGUCAAGUAAAGGGUGGAGGCGGAGGUGGUGGCGGCGCUACAUUUGUGUUUAAGGUGGACAAAGGGCUUCGGGUCCCCCUCAUCAUUGCUGCUGGGGGAGGUGGCCGAGGCUACAGCAGCCACUCAGAGAGCCAGCUGGAACAGAUGGACUACGACCUCAGUCAACCAGGUCGCAAUGGGAAGUCAAAUGCUGCAGGUGGAGGUGGAGGAUGGAAUGACAGCGCUCCCGUCAGUCAGGGUGGCAGACCUGUGCUGCUCGGAGGGCAGGGAGGACAAGCCUGUCAAAAAUUCUGGCAGACACGAGGCGGCUUUGGGGGUGGUGGCGGUGGCUGCAUGGCCGGAGGUGGUGGUGGAGGCUACAGAGGUGGUAACACCUCGUUAAAUGACAACCCCAAACAUGACGGUGAUGAUGGUACAUCCCUCUUUGGUCCAGCAGGAGAGCCCUACCUCUAUCCUCUUAAAGCAAUGGAGAGCGAUGGAGAGGUGAUCAUCAGUCCAGUACGAAACUGCAGUCACUGUGAGAGCCGCGAAUGCCACGAGAUAAAGAGCGACAUCGUCUGCUACUGUGACGAUGACCUCAUCCUGGCACCCGACGGCGUGUCCUGCAUCAACUCUACAGAGGUGUCCCUCCUGCCUUCCCAGCCAUCUCUCUCCCACCUGGCCCUGGGUCUUUCUGUAGGCACCUCAGCCCUUAUCGCCGCCCUACUGCUGGCCGUGUCUGGAGUCAUGAUAAUGUACAGGCGUAAACACACUGAGCUGCAGUCUAUACAGUUGGAGCUACAGAGUCCGGACUGCAAGCUCAGUAAACUGCGGGCCUCCACCAUCAUGACUGACUAUAAUCCAAACUACUGCUUCGCUGGUAAGACGGCCUCAGUCAAUGACCUGAAGGAAGUUCCAAGACGCAACAUCUCCCUUACUAGGGGUCUCGGUCAUGGUGCUUUUGGUGAGGUGUAUGAAGGUCUGGCAGUCGGGAUCCCAGGGGAACCAAGUCCGCUUCAUGUGGCAGUAAAGACCCUUCCUGAGGUUUGCUCAGAACAAGACGAGCUGGACUUCCUAAUGGAGGCUCUAAUCGUCAGUAAGUUCAGCCACCAGAACAUUGUACGCUGCGUAGGAGUCAGUCUGCAUGCAAUGCCCAGGUUCAUACUCCUGGAGCUGAUGACUGGAGGAGACCUCAAGACCUUCCUGCGGGAGAUGAGACCUCAACUGGAUCAACCUUCUAACCUGUCCAUGGUUGACCUUCUCAGUGUAGCGAGAGACAUCGCCAAAGGCUGCCAGUAUCUGGAGGAGAACCAGUUCAUCCACAGGGACAUUGCAGCUCGUAAUUGCCUGCUGACGUGCAAAGGACAAGGUCGCGUGGCCAAGAUUGGAGAUUUUGGGAUGGCUCGGGAUAUUUACAGGGCAAGCUAUUACAGGAAAGGUGGUCGUGCCAUGCUGCCAGUAAAGUGGAUGCCACCUGAAGCCUUCAUGGAAGGCAUCUUCACAUCAAAAACAGACACAUGGUCAUUUGGGGUGCUGCUGUGGGAGAUCUUCUCUCUGGGCUACAUGCCUUAUCCAAGUCGCAGUAACCAAGAGGUGCUGGACUUUGUGACCAACGGUGGGAGAAUGGACCCACCCAAAAACUGCCCCGGCCCUGUGUACCGUAUAAUGACUCAAAGUUGGCAGCACCAACCUGAGGACAGACCAAACUUCUCAACUAUCCUGGAGAGGAUUGACUACUGCUUGCAGGACCCGGAUGUGGUGACCAUGCCUCUGCCUAUUGAGUAUGGGCCUAUCCUGGAAGAGGAGGAGUGUGUACCCGUACGACCUGAUGACCCAUCGGGUGCUACUGUGCUGGUGAACGCUCAGGUGCCUGACGGGGAGCUCCCACAGUCACCUCCAUGCUACUCCACAGACGGAAGUCAUAGAGGUGGGGAGCACGCAGCUGGGAUAAGCAGAGCAUCCGAGGCCCAAGGAAAGACACCAGCUCAGCUCCAGCCCUACCUCCAUCAACACCAGCAACCUCACACGCAGACCUCCAUCACCAUGACGACCACUGUCACCUCCACAGCCACGGGCACACUCACUGCAAAGGGACCCUCCCAGCCGGGCCCAGAGGGGGGUCACAUCAACCUUGCCUUCACCCAGGGCCACCCAGCAGAGAAGGACAGCCACAAUGGGCAGAGCACCAGUCUUUGGAACCCCACCUACGGCUCUUGGUUUCUGCAGCAGCAACAGAGGAAGCAGCAGCGGCAGGGAGGGGUGGGUGGCAUUGUAGGUGUGGGCGGCAGCAGUGGCAGGGUGCCCGGUGAAGGGCAGGAGCAUGUGGGACGGACUGUGGCGGAAGUGGCUGGGUCUAUGGGUCUCCAGCAUAAAUUUCAACAUCAGCACCAACUUCAGAUGCUGCAUCAGCAACAGCAGCAGGGUCUUUGCAGACCCUUGAUAGUACCACCAUCUCCAGCCACUCAAACACCCCUACUUUUAGAUUCAGCAGCUUUGCCACCCGUUCCCCUCUACAGACUGAGACGUUUCCCCUGUGGAAGCAUCGGCUAUGGCUACCAGGAGCAGGGCAUGGCAAUGGAGCCAAAUCCCCCUCCGCCCCUUGCCUCCCAACAGGGUGCAUCAGCAGCCCACCAGAGAGCCCCCGUACCCACAUCAGUGUCCCUAACUCGGUCAGCAUUAUCAGAGGACAGCCGGCCACUAUUAGUCACCAUGGGGACAGUGCAGGACCCCCGGCUGCCCAGAAUGGAGGGUCACAAUGCCACUGUGCUUUAGCCAACAUGCCUGUGCCACGUUUUUCACUCCCCAAGACUGUGUUCACUGUGUCAGGAAAGAGGGUUUUACACCAUCCUCGCGUCCUUGGCUUUCCCCUCCAGUUUGGAAACCACUAACGAGCACAUCCAGGAGCUCGAUCCAUGACAUUUUUGCUAUGAGGAACUCAGAGGCGUGAUCCCCAAAAUAAACAUUAAAAGCACAUCAGAGAAAACUGGAUGGCAAAAUGAAAAAGGCUAGUUUUUCAGUCGAAGAAAUGUAUUUUUUCAUCAUUGAAGGGAGCAUGCCUGAGUGUGACCUCAGAGGAUGGAGUUUAUAGCAGAGAUUUCAAGUGAACAGUUUUUGUGAGUGCACUGACUGAUGGCUGGAGCACCACUAGAAUGGACAAUUAUUCUGAUUUAAAUCUCUAUAGUUGGCCGGCUUCAGACUUGAUUCACAUAGUCUGAUGACUGUGGAGACCAAUUUAAAAGUUGCUGCUGCCAGCCACAUAUUUCAUUUCUAUUGCAGGACCCUCACGCUGUUCAUUACCCACAUCCUUCGACGAGGCAAAAAAAAAAAAAAAAAGAAAAAAAGCUUGGCAGGUAACUUCUACUUUCUGAGAAUAAUAUGUUGGAUUCACAGAGACAUGUGUACUAAAAAGAAAAGCUACGAAAAUGUGUUUCUUGAUGUUUGCUUGCCUGCGUGUUUAUUUAUUCAUUUGUUUAUUUAUUAUUUGGAUGUGGCUCUAUAAAUUAUCAAUGAACAAGCUUCUUAAAGUACAAGCGAAAUCAUUUUGCAUCAGUUGACUCUCACUUCAUGUUUUAAGCUGUUUGAAAAGAUUAAGCGUCAACUAAGGAAAGGCGAACGAAUGCUGUCAAAAAUAUGCAGGAGGUCCUCGGUCUACGUGCAGGUUUCGCUCCUAUGACAGCAAAGUAAGUUGAGUUUUAGUGCAAGUUGGAACUUACACCUAAAUUGUACCUAAAUUAACACCUCAGUCCCUCACACAGUACACUAAUCCCUCGCAACGUCGCGCUUCCAAUUUUGUGGCUUCACACUUAUGUUUAUUUAAAAAUGUAUGAAUAAAUCAUCCUGUUUUGUGGUUGAAUACGACCUAUUAUUAGUCAAAAUUAUGCAUUUUUAAUCAAAUUUUACAUAUUUUUGCCUAAAUUAAGAAUUUUCAAGCUAAAAAUGGCUAAAAUACAAAUAUAAGGCAUUGAAAAGACACAUUGAGAGACAUGACAUGUAGUAUUCUACACUGGUCACUAGGUGUCAGUAAUGUUACUGUAACGUUCAGUGAGACACACAAGCACCAGACUUGAUCGUCGGAGAAACAGGCUUUUAUUGCAGGUUUAGACAGGCACAAUAAUCCCUACUGCUGCGGCCAAUACCCACGGCAAGAUGAAACUCAAUUCUGAGUCCCCCACACACUCUGCUCCCCCAGGGAACACAUUUAUAGCAACACAAACGAGCACGAGUCUUAAUUACGUCUUAAAUGACUCUUAUUAUGUCGACUAUAUUGGGUAAUACGAGUGUAAAGGUGACUAUAGGGGUGUUAUUUCAUGUCUAGAAGGCUCAAACAAUGUUAAAAAACAUAUUUAGAAGGUCUUAAACAGGUUUUUUAUCUAAUUUAUAAAUAAGGAAUCCUACUUUGCAGGAAUUCACUUAUCACAGUCAGGUCUGGAGGGAUUACUGUAUACACCUACAGUGGUUGUGUGCGACUUAUAAAAUACAGUAAUAACAUGAUUAAAUACAUGAAUUACAUGAGUGUUAUCAAAACAGAACUACUUCCGUUUAUCCCUGUUCAAAGUCACCAUCUUUAUCCUUCAUCCUUGAUGUCCUUGAUCCUUGAUCUUUGGACCGGGCAUGCAGCCAAUUUUCUGAGCGUUUAACGAUUUCUAAUUUCACUUCAUUUUUCACUUUUACUUUCCUUUUCUCUCUUCGGAAGAGUCUGCCUCACACUGGGAGGACAUAAUGAAGGGGAAAAAGUUAACAUAAAAGAACGAGAGCGAUGUCCUUCCUCGGUGUAGCUCCGCCCGACUAUGCAUUCUAUCACCGUGCGCACAUAAGUUCUCUUUACUUUUUGUACAAUAUUAAUAAUUCAUGGGGGUGCGUCGUCGCCACGAAACGUCGUAACACGAGGACCGCCUGUAAAGAGUAAAUGCAGGGAUUUCCAUGCGUCCUCUAUUGUGCCCUUUGAGGGCGGAUGCAAAAACAAAGCGCUGAUGCAGGUAAAGCUGAGAUUAUUAAAAAGCACCAUCAGCAACAAUCUGUUCACUGCUUUGUUGCUGUUCAACUCAAAUAAGUCGCCUGCGGCAUCAUAAAGUCUCUCCGCCAACCCAGAUCUUGUGUUCAUGAAUUCACUGUGUAAGAGUCGAUUGAGAUUUUGAUUUCAUCAUCUUGCCUUUUAACAGUCAAAAAAAUACGUUUUUUUUGUGUGCAGCGCUAGACACAGUGGAUAUUGCUGAAUCAAUGUUAACCUUCACAUUUGUUAUCUGGAAGCUCUCCGACAUUUGCAUAUUUUAUCUUUUCUAUUACAGAACGAAUGUCGUGGAAUACAAAUGGGUGUGAAUGGUAAUAUCGAAGAAAACCUGCUUUUGCUCAUCAUGUGAAUAAACAGUUUGGGUGUCAUUUGCUCAUUUUCCACACACACACACACACAUACCUGUCUUGAAUUUCCUGUUCCGUUUUAAGGCUGCCACAUCGUGUAUCGAAGUAAUAAACACCACAAGAUGCUGAGCUUUGGCAAGCUUGUCAGUCCAUCUGCUGUCAGGACACUCUUGACUGGUGAAGACAAAUGCAUUGUUAUUGGCCAGAUCAAUGAGCGAAAAGUGUUUUUGCUUUGUCUCCUGUACAUGUAUGGCUUAUAUACAGUAUUAUAUCACUUUGUGUUCUCUUUGGAGCUCAUAAUGUACAAAGACAUACUGAGCUGCACCUGUAAAUGAUGUAAUUAUAGAGUAUUGUACUAUGGCUCGGGUAAACACUGUACCCUUGGGAAGACGUUCGCCAAAAUGAAUAA